UCAGGCCACCACCCCUUCUUUAGCUCGCUCUGUGCCUGUGCCUGUGCCUCAGCAGAAAGGGAAAAGGUGAGGUGGAAGAGAGCAGAAGCGGUGCCCCAAAUCGUCAUCAUCGUGACCAAGCAGGGCACUUCCCCAAUUCAGAUUGGCCUGCAUGCCCUUCCUUGCACAGUACUCUGCAUUCAAGCACUUACCUCUUCUCGCCUCCCCUGGCUUCCCUUCGUGAGGCCAUGCUGCAUGGCGGGGCGGUGCAAGCUCUCGAGGUGCGUGGACUGGGCGUCUGGACCUGGUCUUGAACUCUUGCAGCCGUGCAGCCGUGCUCGCUCGCUCGCUCGCCUCCACAAGAGUCUAAAAUGGCGACUUAUCGUCUGCAGCACCGCACGUCCCCACCCCGCACCACGCCCACACGCAUCACCAGCACAUCCACUCCUCGCUUGCUCGCAUCGGCGUUCCCUCCGGAGGUCAAGCACCUUGCCGAAGCCGGCGGGUCCCCUUUUGGCCCCCUUCCCACGCAGCAUGAUGAAGGCAGCAUCAGAGGGGGGGCAACCGCGCUAAGUGUGGCUGUGCGAAGUCAGAAGGAGAGAGAGAUGGCAAUGGCAGUGGCCGAGGGCGGAGUGACGCAGCCAGAUCAGUAUGCAACCGAUGGCGAUACAGAGCGUAGAGCGUGAUCACGUUUACAGCCUGUGCCUCUGU